AUGAUGAAAAUUAUUAUGAUGUGCAAUAUCGUUAGCUUUUUUUUUUUAAUCAUUUUAUCAAAAAUAAUUUUAUACAAUUUCAUUUUAUUUAGAAUAUUUUCUUAUGAUUUAGUUUAUAAAAGUAAACAUAAUCUUUUGCACCCCAAUGAAAGAAAUCUUGCUGAAGGCAGUAGACUAAGGUUACCGACAAAACGUUCGUUUGAUUGUUCUUUUACAGUGGAUGAAUCAAUAAGAAUUUAUCAUAUACUUUAUGUAGAAUUAUUAAUUCUUGGUGAUAUCGUAACUUAUAUCAUUAAUCAUAUAAAUAGAACUCAAAGCAUUAUCUAUUCUGAAGAAAUGCUUACGGAAAAAGUGAGACAACGUGUUAGCAUUGAAAUGCCAAGUUAUCCCCAAUUCAGAAUAGAUAAUAUGACAAAAAGAUUGAAGCAACAAGUUGAAGAGGUGUUCUUAAAUAAACCAUUAAAUCAAGAUAAAAUUUUGAAAGUAUAUGAAGGGUUAAGGUUGGAAUUUGAUACAACAAUGCAAGUUUUAGAUUGUAUAUUAAGAGAAUCACAUGAAGAUAUAAGAAAUCAUAUGUUAAAUAAUUUACCCGUUAUACGUUUAUUACAUAAUUCAAAAUUGACUGACAGUAAUAUUUUAAUAAGCGAUGACGCGUUAUCUCUUAUAGCACUUCGAAUUAGAGCUAGGAUACUAGACCUUUUGCAAUGGCAUUUUGAAAGAUAUUCACUAGCAAAUAAUUCCUGA